AUGUCUGGUCAAUCUAGCGUCGGCAACCGUGCUAUCUAUGAAGCCGGUGACCAGCGCAACGUGCCUCAGUCCGAGAUCAACGAGCGCGAGCGUUACAAGGAGGGCGAGCCCGGUAGCCACAAGAACCUGGACUCCAAGGACCAGCGCUCUAUUGCCAACAAGCUUGCCUCCCAAGGCGGCAAGCCCGAUUCUUCGCACCACCACAACAACGACGUCAACGAGGAGGCUGAGCUGAGCAAGCAGGACCCUACCAAGCCUGCCAAGCUCCAUGGAAAUGCUCCCUCGAAGGGCGCUAAGAUCGAUGCCGAGUUGCAGGCUGAGGAUGAGCAGCGCCUGCGUGAGAAGGGCAUCAAGAAAUAA